CAGACACUGUGCAGCUUCCCCGCUGCUCCUGUCCUUGCCAUGCGGCUCCCUGCGCCCGUCCUGCUCUGCCUCGGGGCCUGGCUGUCCUAUGCCAGUGCCACCAUCCCAGUGGAGGAGGAGAACCCCGCGUUCUGGAACCAGCAGGCAGCGGAGGCCAUCAAAGCCACCCUCAAACUCCAGCCUCUGAAUUCUCAGGCCAAGAACCUGAUCCUCUUCCUCGGGGACGGAAUGGGGGUCCCGACCAUCACCGCCACACGGAUCCUCAAGGGGCAGCUGCAGGGGAAGUUGGGCCCCGAGACGCCGCUCGCCAUGGAUGCCUUCCCCUACGUGGCGCUCUCCAAGACCUACAACGUGGACCGGCAGGUGCCGGACAGCGCGGGCACAGCCACGGCCUACCUUUGCGGGGUGAAGGCCAACUACCAGACCAUCGGGGUGAGUGCCGCGGCCAAGCAUUCCCAGUGCAACACCACGCUGGGCAACGAGGUUGUGUCCGUGCUGCAGAGAGCCCAGCGAGCAGGGAAGUCGGUGGGGAUCGUGACCACGACGCGGGUGCAGCACGCCUCCCCCGCGGGGAACUACGCCCACGUGGUGAACAGGGACUGGUAUGCCGACGCCAGCAUGCCAGCUACUGCCCUGCAGGAGAACUGCAAGGACAUCGCCUGGCAGCUUGUCCACAAUGUCAACUUCACCGUGAUCCUGGGGGGCGGGCGGAAGUACAUGACCCCCGUGGGGACCCCGGACCCCGAGUACCCCAGCAACGCCGCCCAGAAUGGGAUCCGCAAAGACGACAAGAACCUCAUCACCCUGUGGCUGGAGUCUAAACAGGGCGCCAGGUAUGUGUGGAACAGGACGGCCCUGCUCAGCGCUGCCAGUGACCAGUCCGUGACACACCUGAUGGGCCUCUUUGAGCCUGGCGACAUGAAGUACAACCUCCUGCGGAACUCCACCCUGGACCCGUCCCUCACCGAGAUGACGGAGGCAGCCAUCCAGAUCCUCAGCAGGAACCCCCGGGGCUUCUACCUCUUUGUGGAAGGAGGCAGGAUUGACCACGGGCACCAUGAUGGCGUCGCCCAGCGGGCGCUGACGGAAGCCGUGGAGUUCGACCACGCCAUCCAGAGGGCGGGCGAGCUGACGAAGGAAUCCGAGACCCUCACCGUGGUGACGGCCGACCACUCGCACGUCUUCAGCUUCGGCGGCUACACGCUGCGGGGCAGCUCCAUCUUCGGCUUGGCUCCCAAACUGGCCUUGGACGGCAAGUCGUACACGUCCAUCCUCUACGGGAAUGGGCCCGGCUACCCGAUCAGUGCCACGAGCCGGCCCGCCGUCAACAGCUCCGAGAGUGAGAAGAACGGGUACCUGCAGCAGGCGGCCGUGCCCCUGAGCUCGGAAACGCACGGCGGCGAGGAUGUGGCCAUCAUGGCCAAGGGGCCCAUGGCCCACCUCUUCCAUGGGGUGCAGGAGCAGACCUACGUCGCCCACGUCAUGGCCUACGCCGCCUGCCUGGAGCCCUACACGGAGUGCCCGCAAUCCAACCCGGGCACCACGCAGCCCUCCCCGUGCACCACGCCGCCGAACUCUGCCCACGCCAACACCGGCCUCCUGCCCCUCCUGCUGGGGUCCCUGUUCCUGCCACUGCUCAACUAGCCCCUCCCCCCGCCCAGGAGAGAGCCCGCCCCCCGCAGCCUGACCCCCACAGCCCCCUGUGCCUGCAGCGCUGGCUGCAGCCACAAGAGGGCGACAGCCCGCCCGCUCCCUGCAAGGGGGUGGGGGGUUCCAUGUGAGUGGCACCAAACCCCUUGGACACCAGUUGUCGGGGGGCUCACAGCCUGGGGAGGGGGGAUUGCCGCCUGCUUUGAACAAAGAGA